UCUGAGGCAUUCGGGGCCUCUUGGCUUAGGCCGGUGCGCGCGCUACCGCGACUCCCGGACCCGGAAGGGGCGGCGGCGGCCGGGCAAUAGCUGCUAAGUUCCUCACUAUCCACGUCCUGCUCGGGCUUCUGGCUCGGUCCGCAGCUCCGCGCCCCGGCCAUGGCUACCGCCUGCAGCUCGCUCCCGGACCCCCCUCCCAGGACGUACUUCGGAUGCCCCCAGGCCCAGACGAGGCGGCAAGCAGCGGCUACCAAGAGAAAGCACCAGGUGUCCAGUGGUGCUCCACCAACAAAGCGGAGGAAUGAAAUAGCCUCUCUUUCAGCCAAGGAAACCAGUGAUAAAGAAACUGCGAGAACAUUUAAGGGGAAUGUACACAAAACGUUUCCUCCAAAGAAGAGCUGGGACAGUACAGGCAAUGGGAGGCAAGAGAAGCCAUGCAUCAAGACUUCGUCACUGUUUAAAAACAAUCCUGAGAUCCCGGAACUCCACAGAGCUGUAGUCAAGCAGGCUCGAGAGCAAGUGUUCUCUCCAGAGGCUUUCCAGGAGCUGGACCUCCACCCACACCUAAUUUCCACAAUAAAUACAGUCUUAAAAAUGUCAAGUAUGACCAGUGUUCAGAAGCAGAGUAUCCCGGUGCUGCUGGAAGGCAAAGAUGCCCUUGUGCGGUCCCAGACGGGCUCAGGUAAAACUCUUGCCUAUUGCAUCCCUGUGGUCCAGUCUCUUCAAGCACUGACAUCAAAAAUACAGCGCAGUGAUGGCCCCUAUGCUUUGAUCCUAGUGCCCACCAGAGAGCUGGCUCUGCAGAGCUUUGACACUGUCCAGAAGCUGCUCAAGCCAUUCACCUGGAUUGUUCCUGGAGUGUUGAUGGGCGGAGAGAAGAGGAAGUCUGAAAAAGCUAGAAUCCGCAAAGGCAUAAAUAUCCUUAUCUCAACUCCUGGCCGUCUGGUGGAUCAUAUAAGAUCCACAAAGAACAUUCACUUUAGCCGAAUACGGUGGCUGGUUGUGGAUGAAGCAGACAGGAUCUUGGAUUUGGGUUUCGAGAAGGACAUUACAGUGAUUCUGAAUGCUGUAAAUGCUGAGUGUCAGAAACGGCAGAAUGUCUUGCUGUCAGCAACACUCACAGAAGGUGUAACACGGCUAGCUGAUAUCAGUUUGCAGAAUCCAGUCAGUAUUUCUGUCCUGGACCAAAUCUGGGAGCAGCCCAACCCUAAGGAAGACACUAGUACCCAUCUGGACAGCUUUGCCAUACCAGAGAGUCUUGACCAGCAUGUAGUGUUGGUUCCCAGCAAGCUGCGCCUUGUGUGCCUUGCAGCCUUCAUCCUGCAGAAGUGCAAGUUUGAGAAGGCCCAGAAGAUGAUUGUCUUUUUCUCAAGCUGUGAGCUGGUAGAGUUCCACUACACCGUCUUCGUUCACACCCUGUCUUGCCGCUCAGGGGCUCCCACUUCAGAGCAGCUACCAUCUGCUUCCUGGCCACUGAAAUUCCUUCGGCUGCACGGCAACAUGGAGCAGGAGGAAAGGACCUCUGUGUUUUACGAGUUCUCACAUUCCAGAACAGGAGUCCUGCUCUGCACGGAUGUUGCAGCUCGAGGCUUAGAUCUCCCACAAGUCACCUGGAUUGUUCAGUACAGUGCACCGUCUUCACCUGCAGAAUACAUUCACCGGAUUGGAAGAACUGCCCGGAUUGGCUGUCAUGGGAGCAGCUUGCUCAUUUUGGCUCCUUCAGAGGCAGAAUAUGUCAACUCGUUGUCUUCUCAUAAAAUCAAUGUUUCCGAGAUUAAGAUGGAAGAUAUUUUGGCUGUCCUGACAAAGGAUGAUUGCUUUAAAAGGAGACAGAGGGGAGCCCAGAAGUCCCAUGCCACUGACUCCCAGGAAAUCCGAGAGCGAGCAACAGUAUUGCAGACAGUAUUUGAAGAUUACGUGCACUCCAGUGAGAGGAUGGUCUCUUGGGCAAAAAAAGCUCUGCAGUCCUUCAUCCGCGCCUAUGCGACCUACCCCAGGGAGUUGAAGCCCAUUUUCCAUGUCAGAUCCCUACACCUUGGGCAUGUGGCUAAGAGUUUUGGACUAAGAGAUGCUCCUAGAAACCUCAGUGUCUCCACUGUGAAGAAGAAGGCAAGCUUGAAAAGGCCUGACCCUCGGAGGAAGACCCGGAAUAGGCACCAGUUUGUGCUCGCUGAAGUCCUGCAGUCAGAAUACUCAAGUGGUCUGGAGGCCAGCAGCAUGAAGGGUGGAAAGCAAGGCAAACAGCGGGGCUUUCAGGUGGCACCCAGCAAGCCAGCACCAGGGAGAGAAUGAAGCUGCUCCUACACCCAUCCAGAAGGCUCACCACCAGCAAGCAAGCUUCUUUUGGUUGUUGUUAAUCUCUACAGGUCAGGGUGGAUCACCAGGCCCCCUGGCUUUAGAUUGGUGUCCUGAUCUUAUCAGGGAAGCUUCCUGCACCUUUCCCUGAACACAGACCCUCACCUGUUGGAGGAGGAACCCUGAUGGAAGCCAGCAGGAAACCUGCCUUUGCUCAAGCCUCUUGCAAGAUUGUGCAUAGGGACAGCAAAGCAUCUCAUGAGUCAGCCUGAAAGUGUGGCUCCUGGUGAGUUUGCCAGAUGAAGCUGCCACACACGUAUUGCAUGAGUUUUGUAAGGUGGACUGUUAAAAAUUUGCACAAAAGGAUAAAGUCUUUGUUGAAUAACCUUUUUCUUAGUGUCCACAUAUUCUGUCAGGAAGGGCUGAGAGAGCUUUCGCUUUGGGUCACAAACUCAAAUGUUUUGACAGCAACGCUUGUGUCUUCCAUAAGCACGGCAUAUCGCCAUGUGCAUUGCCUCCCCUUUCAUGUCCACAGAAGACUCACUCUCUGGCUAAUUGACUUACUGUUGCCUUUUUAUUAUUGCCUUUGAAGUCAAAAGGCACCAGCACCCGAGCUUGCUUUUUCCCAUCGGAGCCUGUCUUCUCUUCAAGGUCUGAGGUCUUUGUGUUAUGACCUAGACCCAGAACCCCCACGCGCCAUUGUGUUUCCGGGAGGUUUGAAAGAGGACCCCUGGAGUGUAUUGAUUUCCUAAUAAAUGUAAGAUUUGGACAUUACAGAGGACUCACGAGAGAAAGGGUUAAGCUCAAUGUGCUCUGUUCGGACACCAUUCUGUGCCUGCUUUCCUCCGGGUUCCUGUGUGCCCAGGCCAUUUGAAGCCCCAGGGCAAGUGUUGUAGUACCACUUUGCCCCUCUUCUGAAGGCAGGCAGGGUGGAGGCUGUCUCAGGGAGGAAGAUCAGUUAACACCCACACUAGGAAAAAACCCUGUGCAGGGGAGCACAGCCUGGCCAGGACUGGCCGCCACAGACUCGGAGCCUGUGGACGCCGUUUGGAAGGAAGCUGCAGCAGGUGUGGAACUGACUGGACAACUUGGACACCUUUCUUGGAUUUGCAGUGACUCACAUGCUUUUGAUGGGAAAUGAGGGAUCAGAUUAUGAAGAGUCAACCAGCUGUGUGAAAACAGGAUUAGUGCCUGUAAUCAGGGAUGGCCACGCAACAAUCUGUGUCUGCCUCCCAGCAACAGGCCCUAAGGGCUCAGCUGCAGGGCUGUGAGGUGUGCUGGGACCUUACUGAAGUAGCAAUAACUCUAACCCUAAACUUGGAAUUCAUACAUGCAGUUUUCCAGCCAGUAGGGGUGUCCUCAGAGGUGUUGGUGACAUCUGCUUAGGUAGAUUUGCUACAUCGGCAACAUAUUACCCCGUCAUCAGGAAACAAACUCAGGAAUUUACGGUUAAUGUUCUCUAAAUUUAAACAACCUUAAAAUGAAUCCCUUAUGGAUUUUGAUAGGAUGUACAUCCCAGGUAUAAGUUGGACACAAUGUUAGCCUAAUUCCAGUGUACAUGGUCUGAUUUUGUGUAUAUUUUUAACCAUACCUUUGUCUAAGGUCCCCGGUUUGGCAUUUUCCUCACAUCAUCUCGCUUACCAUAUUAAAGUCUCAGGAGAUUCAGAUACCAAAA